CGUUUUUUUUGUUCAACUCUAAUUACCAAUAAUAAACAAAAUGGAUAAAAUAAAGUUCAAGUCACAAUUAUCAUCGAUAUCAAUCCAACAAUUAUCGGUGAAUAUCCAACAAGUGAAGUUUAUUCUAAUCAUCUCAUUAACCACUAAUUUAAUUGUUCUAUGGUUAAAUUGUGUCAGUGUGUUGGCUGAUUUUACUCAAAAUAAGAGACCAUCAACUCGGAUAGUUACAACUAAAUAUGGAUCAUUACGAGGUGUUCACAUUAAUUUACCACACAAUUUACAGCCGGUUGAAAUGUUUCUAGGUAUUCCAUAUGCUAGUCCACCUACUGGUAAAUUAAGAUUCAUGCCUCCGGUUACUCCAGCUCAUUGGAGUGGAAUCAGAAAUUCUGAUAAACAUGGUCACGUUUGUCCACAAAAUUUACCAAAUAUUACCAAUGAACCGGAAACACUACGUCGGAUGACCAGAGAUCGACUUUUCCAAUUGAAAAGGUUGAUCCCAUUACUUCAAAAUCAAAGUGAAGACUGUUUAUACCUCAACAUUUACACUCCGGCACCUAAAGAAUCUUCAUCAUCUUCACCCUCAUCGCCUCAUCACCAUCAAAAUCAUCAUCGCCAUCCUGUUGUUGUUUUCAUUCAUGGGGAAUCAUAUGAAUGGAAUUCAGGUUCUGUCUAUGAUGGAUCAGUUUUAUCUUCUUUUGGUAAUCUGAUUGUUGUAACAAUAAACUAUCGCCUUGGUGUCUUAGGUUUUUAUCCAGCCAUGGACGGGUCAUCUAGAGGUAACUUUGGCCUAAUGGAUCAAGUAGCCGCUCUUCAUUGGGUCCAGGAAAAUAUCAUUGAAUUUGGAGGUGAUCCGAGUAAUGUUACAAUCCAUGGACAUGGACAUGGAGCUGCAUUGGUCAACCUGCUCAUGUUAUCACCAAUGGCUAAAGGUUUAUUUCACCGAGCGAUUAUGCAAAGCGGAUCAGCUUUAUGCCCUUGGGCACUUGCCUUUAAUGCGAUAAAAUAUGGCCGUGAAUAUGCUCAAGCGAUCGGAUGUUAUUCUGAGGAAUCGAAAAGUUCAAAUAUUGUUGAUUGCCUUCGACAUAAAACAAUCGCCGAAUUACUUUCCGUCCAAAUAGCGACACCUCGAUUUCUAACAGGCUUUGGUCCAAUGGUUGAUGGGAUUAUCGUAGCCUCUGACCCUUUGACCAUGAUGAAUGACCCAACCUCAACCUUUUCCUCAUAUAAUUUGAUAAUUGGUGUCACUCGCCUUGAAUCGUAUAACUUGUUCAGUUCAAUUGACUUCGAUGAGGGACUAAAUGAGUCUCGACGUGAUAAAAUUAUCCGAACCUUAGUCCGUAAUAUUUACACUUAUCAUCUUCAGGAAAUUUAUCUAACAAUCAGCAAUGAAUACACUGAAUGGUCACAAUCAAAUCCCAACAAUCAAUUGACUCUUGAAUCAUUGACUGAACUAUUAAGUGAUGCCCUGUUCGUAGGUCCAGUGGUCAAGACUGCCCUUAUUCAUUCAAAAUCAACCAAAGCAACCAAAUUAUAUUAUUUUAGUCAUACCUCUAAUCUCAUGUUAACAAAUCAUUCCCGCCUUGUCUCUGUCCAUGGUCAAGAUUUACCUUACGCUUUGGGAACUUAUUUACUUCCAGAAUAUCAUCCAGUUAAUAAUCAUUCACGAAUUGAUUUGAUACUCUCUGAGAUUAUGAUGAAAUAUUGGUCAAAUUUCAUUAGAGAUGGUGAUCCAAAUGGUAAAACUAACACAACAUCAACAUUAAUCUCAAAUGGUCAAGAAUCAAGGUCCGAAUCAAAUCACCAUUGGCCUUCAUAUGAUUACCUUCAACAACAAUAUCUAGUGUUAAAUACCAAGCUCAAGUUGAAGGAUCAUUAUCAUGCCCAUCGUCUUUCAUAUUGGCUUAAUUUGAUUCCUAAACUUCACUCACCAGGAAGUUCAGCUUUCGGUGAUCACCAUUUUCUAGAGGAUCAUGAUAAUCUGGUCACUUAUGAUGGUCAUGUCCGAAGUUCUGUGUUAGUGGCAAACUCUGGACUUGAUCGGGUUCCUGAAUUACCUGCUAAUCGGACAGAGCUUAUGAUUUAUGGUAAAACGGAAAGUUCAUUGAAACAUCGGGUUAGCCUGAGUGGAGGUGGUUAUAUGAAUGAAAGCCAAUCAGAUAUGAUCAGUUCAACUGGUCAUUCAGGGUCAGUUAAAGGUGCCUUAAAUAAACAAUCUGGUGAUUCAAGUAACGGUACUUUCUCAAUGAUUAUCCAAGAUAAUCCAUACUCAAAGGCGUUAAGUGUCACGAUUGCUGUUGGCUGUUCCCUCCUUAUCCUUAAUAUAUUGGUCUUUGCUGGAGUUUUUCUUCAUCGAGAUCGAACCUAUCGAAGUGGUCAAAAUCCUAGAUGGGUGAAUCGUUCAAAUUGUCCUUCCGAUACUCGGCCCAUUCAUUAUAAGCAAACAAGUCGAGUUAAAUUUACCAAAGUGAAUGAUGACCAAGGUCCAAACUGUAUUCAAUAUUGUCAUCAUACUAUUGGUCAACCAACAGCUGAUAAUUUAAUUACCUCAAAUACCUGCACUGGUUAUGAUAAUCAUUCCCAUCCAACUCAGUAUCAAACAUCACCUUCACCAAAUACACCACCUGAUAAUUGCACUGGACAUUUAGCUAAUCAUCACUGUCCAGAUCAUGGUACUAGUACUGAUCAAUGUAACUGUCCACUGGUCAAUUUAGCUUAUUAUGUUUGUGAUUGUGCUGAAGCUCAACAUCAAUUAGCCACAACUGGUCAACAGCAACAUAUUUGUAAACCAAUUGAAAUCAGACAACAUGAAGAGGACAAACAAUUAACUAUCAACAACAACAAUGGUAUUAAUUGUGAUCAAUUUGAGACAACUCAACAAUUAAUAGAAAAUUAAAUUAACUAACUAAUCUAAAUAAUACAUUUUUGUACAUAAAAUCACAAUGAGCUAUUAAUUAAUCAGAUUUAAUUGAUGUAAAAUAUUGUUUAUUUUGUUACUCACUUUUUUUGCUAAUCACAAUCAAAUUAAAACUUUACUGAUUUUAACUAAUGAUUAAUUUGAUGGAUUAAAGAUUUGAUAUAAACAAUUAACCUUUCUCAUUGAAG